AUGACGGCAAACGUACCCCGACCCGGCCCUGCCAACCUGGGGCCAAAUGCUGGCCUGGACGAGUGGCUGGAGGAGGCCAAGCAGUGCCACUAUCUGCCUGAGCGAGCCAUGAAGGAGCUGUGCGAAAAGGUUAAGGAGAUCCUGAUGGAGGAGUCCAACAUCCAGCCCGUCUGCACACCCGUCACUGUUUGCGGCGACAUCCACGGCCAGUUUUACGACUUGCUCGAGCUCUUCCGCGUGGCCGGCGGCAUGCCGGGCGAGACUGACGUGCAGGCGCCAAAGUCCAUGACCGCGGUCAUCACAUCAGAGGACAUCGAGCCCCCGACGGAAAUCACAAACCCGAAGCUGAGGAGGAAGCUAAAGUCUCCCGGAGGCGGGGCCAGCUCCGGUGACGCUGACGAGGACGAGGACAGAGAGGACGAGAAGCAGGGAGAUCACGAUGUGCCCGCGAUCAAUACAGUUACGUCUUCGCAGAGCGCGGAGACUCGCUUCGUAUUUCUUGGAGACUACGUGGACAGAGGUUACUUUAGCUUGGAGGCGUUUACAUUGCUCAUGUGCUUGAAAGCAAAAUACCCAGACCGCAUUGUUCUCGUCAGAGGCAACCACGAAUCGCGCCAAAUCACACAAGUAUACGGCUUCUACGAGGAAUGCCAGCAGAAAUACGGCAACGCAUCCGUAUGGAAGGCAUGCUGCCACGUUUUUGACUUCCUCGUUCUCGCUGCUAUCGUUGACGGAGAGCUCCUCUGCGUUCAUGGUGGCUUAAGCCCCGAGAUUAGAACCAUCGAUCAGAUUCGAGUCGUCGCACGUGCUCAGGAGAUUCCCCAUGAGGGUGCUUUUUGCGACCUUGUAUGGUCAGAUCCCGACGACAUAGAUACGUGGGCGGUGAGCCCAAGAGGAGCGGGAUGGCUGUUUGGAGAUAAAGUUGCUACGGAGUUUAACCAUGUCAACGGCUUGAAAUUGAUUGCCAGAGCGCAUCAACUUGUAAAUGAAGGAUACAAAUAUCAUUUCGACGAGAAUUCUGUCGUAACAGUAUGGUCAGCUCCCAACUAUUGCUACCGAUGCGGCAAUGUCGCGUCAAUAAUGACAGUGGACAAUGAUUUGGCUCCCAAGUUUAGCAUCUUCUCUGCUGUACCAGAUGACCAGAGACACGUGCCCGCAAGUAGAAGGUCACCGGGCGACUACUUUUUGUGA